ACAGACACAGUCCCACUCGAACAAACGAAAUUUACACCUGGCACUGUUCUCGCGUGUACUCACGCGCCGACGCAAUACUCUACCGUCGACGCCGACAUUGUCUCUACGCCGUUCUCCUUCGUCUUCAUACGGCCACGAUUCUGUACUAAGUAGUCAACUCAUACUUUUUCGCUUCACCAAGCUUCCUUUUAAACCCUAACCCUCGCCACAUUUCGUCCCUCUCCUGAAAACGAUGGCACCUAGUCCUCAUAUCAGAAAAGCAUUUAUGGCUAUGAAGGCUAUGGGAAUCAAGGAUGCGCAAGUUAAGCCAGUCUUGAAGAACCUUCUCACCCUUUACGAUAAAAACUGGGAGUUGAUUGCUGAAGACAACUACAGGGUUCUUGCUGAUGCUAUCUUUGAGAGCCAAGAAGCUCAGGCUAUUCAAGAAAGCAAAGGAAAUACGGCUGACGAAGCUAAAGUAGAUGAAGGCUGUUCCUCAGAAGUUGACAGAGGAAAGAAGAAGCCCCAUGAGUCUAUCGAGGAAGAUGAUGAAGCGUUAGCUGAGUCUGAUCGCCCUUUAAAGAGGCUGCGACGCAGAGGUGAAGGAGGCUCUGCGUUGACAAGCCCUAGCUUGGGCAGUCCGGCUUUAGAAGAGCCUUCAAAUUAUGACGGAGAAUCUGCUCCGAUCCUAUUGCCAUAUCAUCCUGUACAACCUGAACAUGACCAUGAUGCUGAUGAGGUCAUUAUUCCUAAAGUCGAGCCCAUUGCAAAUAUGUCUCUCAGUUCUAUUCAUCCAGAUUCAGUUGAUAGAGGGAACUCUUCAGUUCCCAUGCUUGAGAUGGCGAAAACAAAUGGACAUGUGGAAGAAAGGGCUGAGGAAAUAGUAAGUACUGCUGAUGGUACUACCAGUGACGUUUCUCCUACAACUGUUGGGAGAUUUAGUGAGCACAGGCUAGCUGCAACCAUAGAAGAACCCUCAGCACUUGAAUUAGCUUCUUCUGCUUCAGGCGAGGUGAAGAUUAAUCUUAGUUUUGCUCCUGCAACUGGAGAGUCAAAUCGACGUUUACCUUCUAUGGAGGAACUACGAAGAGCAAUGGAGGAGAAGUGUCUCCGAUCAUACAAAAUACUGGACCCCAACUUUUCUGUGCUUGGUUUUAUGAACGACAUCUGUAGCUGCUACCUGGACCUGGCAACAAAGGAAGAAGAUUCAGCAAACCAGAUGCCAAAAAAUAUGCCGUUUAUCACAACGAACAUUGAUGCAUUGAAGAAUUCUGCUGCGAGGAUGGCUUUUACUUCUCAAGGGAGUGAUGAUCAUAUGCAUGAUGUUGGAAAUGGUGCAGUUGGUGAUUCCAUGGCUUUGGUAGUUGUUCCCGAAUGCCACCUAUCUGCGGAUGAGUGGAGAUUGAUAAGCAGCGUCGGGGACAUCACUCUAGGGAACGAAACUGUUGAGAUUCCUUGGGUGAAUGAGGUCAACGACAAGGUUCCUCCAGUUUUUCGCUACAUACCCCAAAGCCUGGUGUAUCAAGAUGCUGCAGUGAAGUUUUCGCUUGGGAAUAUCAAGGAUGACCAAUGCUGCUUGUCUUGCUGUGGAGAUUGCCUGGCUCCAUCGAUGGCAUGCAGUUGUGCCACUGCAUUCAAUGGCUUUGCAUACACAGUAGAUGGCCUCCUACAGGAAGAUUUUCUAGAACAGUGUAUCGCUGAGGCCCGUGAUCCACAGAAACAUAUGGUGCGGUACUGCAAAGAAUGUCCUUUAGAGAAAGCCAAAAAUGAAGUAAUGCUGGAACCGUGCAAGGGGCAUCUAAAGAGGAAGGUCAUUAAAGAAUGUUGGAGCAAGUGUGGCUGUAUGAAGAAAUGUGGCAACAGAGUUGUCCAACAGGGCAUUCACAACAAGUUGCAGGUGUUUUUCACUCCCAAUGGGAGAGGCUGGGGACUCAGAACUCUAGAAAAACUGCCUAAGGGAGCAUUUGUCUGUGAGUUUGCUGGAGAGAUAUUGACCAUUCCAGAGUUGUUCCAACGCAAUUCUGAGACAGUUACUUCUGCGGUAUUAUUGGAUGCAUACUGGGGUUCUGAAGACAUUUCAGGGGAUGACAAAGCUCUUUGUCUUGAGGGAACGCAGUAUGGAAAUAUCUCCAGGUUCAUGAAUCACAGAUGCUUAGAUGCAAAUUUGAUUGAGAUACCAGUUCAUGUGGAGACUACUGAUUUACACUAUUAUCAUCUCGCAUUCUUCACGACACGAGAGAUUGAUGCUAUGGAGGAACUUACUUGGGAUUAUGGUGUCUUAUUCAACGAUGAUGUGUUUCCUACAAGUCCGUUCCAUUGUCGAUGUGGUAGCGAUUUCUGUCGUGUCAAUAAGCAGAUAAGCAAAGGCAAGAAUGUGAAGAAUAGAGCAUGAGAGCUUUGCGCAUUGGUAGUUUUUGAAGAUAUGUGAUGGCGCAGUCUCUUUUUUCUUUUUGUGAAGUUAAAAGUUUCCUUUUUUGUCAAACAAUCCGACAAGGCAUAUAAGCAAAGUCGGCCGGUUAAUCAAAUAUGUAGGUAGCUAUCGAAGGAUAACAAAUAUUAUUAUCCUCAAAAACUUAAUCGUCUUUUAUGAUAUCAAAACUCAUGUGUAUAUCUUAACUUAGGUUUUAAUUGCUUUUGUUUUUGACUUA